CGCGCUUCGCGCACGGCACGGGCCUCGGGCGCGCGCGCGGUGCCCCAAAAAUGGGCUGCCUGGCGUCGAAGGAGCUACCCACGAACGCCCCCGCUGGCCGUGGACCGAGCGCGCUGGAUCAGGAGCUGUGGAAGAGCACGCAGGAUCUCUUCAACCGCCUGGAUCGUGACAGAGAUGGGAGAAUAACCGUGUACGAGCUGAGGGAGGGGGCGUUGCGGGAGCUGGAACUGGACACGACGGCGACGGAGUGCGCGACGUUCAUUGGAGAGUUUUCCAACGACUCGGCGGCGAUGGACUUUCCGGACUUUCUUGAGGUGAUGUGCUCAGGCGCUGGGACCCCCGAGGAAGUGCUUCUGAGGAGGUUCAACUCGGUCAGGAAAAAACUCGAGUACAACUCGGAGGAUUCGUGCAGCCGAGCGGGGUGAUGUAUUACACGCCCUCGAGGACUCGACGACGCAGAGCCGGACCCCGCGAUAUUAUCAGAGCGCACGAAGACGGGGUCGGCUCGGGCAGUUGUGGCAAACCUGCCUCAUAACAAAACCUCGCAACGAAAGCAGUUGUGGCCAACCUGCUGUACCAAAACCGCACGCAAAUAAUCGCAGAGUACUUUAUUAACAGUCGAUGCCGGCGGGCGAGGCGUCCGCUAGCUAGGUGUAAUACCAACACGACACAUCUCUCA